GGUUGUAGAUUAUUAAGUCGGGAAUGAAGCACGACAGUCGACAGUUCGUGGAGAACGUUACUCCGCAACAUUUUCAAUCGAAAGAUUUAGACGAUCACUCCUAAAAAAAUAUUUAAAAUGCUGCCGAGACGACGCGUCAUUGACCUUCUGCAAGUGAUUUCAUCCCAGUCAUGCAGAUGUCCAGCGCAUGGAAAUCCAGGAGCUACUAGCGUACGGGAUCACGGAAAAGCUCGGAGCACUGCAGCAAAUGUCACAAGCGACAAGGAAUAUGCUUUCGAGAUGGCCUGUUCUACGGUGCGGUAUGGAGUAGGAGUAACGAGAGAGUUAGGAAUGGACAUACAAAAUUUGGGAGCGAAGAAAACGUGUCUGAUGACAGAUCCUAACUUGGUGAAUUUAACUCCCGUGAAAACUGCCAUUAACAGCCUCUCCAAAUAUGGAGUUCAAUUCGAGAUUUACGAUAAAGUACGCGUAGAACCAACUGAGCAGAGCUUACAAGAUUCGAUCGAGUUUGCCAAGCGUGGAAAUUUCGACGCUUUUGUAGCGGUUGGCGGUGGUUCCGUGAUUGAUACCUGCAAAGCGGCAAAUCUGUACAGCUGCGAUCCAGACGCCGACUUCUUGGAUUACGUGAAUGCCCCGAUUGGGAAAGGUAAACCGAUCCAAGUUCCUCUGAAACCGCUCGUCGCCGUUCCGACAACUUCCGGUACCGGUUCUGAGACAACUGGAGUGUCCAUCUUCGAUUAUCGGCCCCUAAAAGCCAAAACGGGGAUCGCAAACAGAGCUCUACGUCCAACGUUGGGAAUCAUCGAUCCCAAGCACACUCUGACUUUACCGGAGAGAGUAUGCGCUUACUCCGGUUUCGACGUGCUCUGCCACGCUUUGGAAUCCUUUACGGCGAUACCCUAUACAGAGAGGACGCCGUGCCCAUCGAAUCCAAUUCUGAGACCAGCUUAUCAAGGCAGCAAUCCUGUCAGCGAUGUCUGGGCGCGAUAUGCUCUUCAAGUUAUGCGCAAAUAUUUCAAGCGAGCAGUUUACAAUCAAGAUGAUUUGGAAGCGAGGAGUCAUAUGCAUUUAGCAAGUACAAUGGCGGGCGUUGGUUUCGGAAAUGCUGGUGUUCAUCUUUGUCAUGGACUUUCGUAUCCUAUCAGCGGAAACGUUCGAAAUUUCCAACCAAAAGGAUACAGCGAUGAUCAUCCCAUAGUUCCUCAUGGCCUAUCUGUGGUGAUCUCCGCGCCAGCCGUGUUUUCUUUUAUCGGAAGCGCAUGUCCAGAGAGGCAUCUGGAAGCUGCGGAACUGCUCGGUGUAGACGUCAAGAAUUCCAAGCGGGCUGACGCGGGAAAAAUUUUGGCCGACACCGUGAAGGAAUACAUGCGCGUUAUGAAAAUUGAAAACGGUUUGACAGAACUCGGUUUCAAAAAAGAAGACAUUCCUACGUUAGUUCAAGGCACUUUACCUCAGCAUCGCAUCACAAAAUUGGCUCCACGUGAACAGUCUGAAGAAGAUCUUGCGCAGUUAUUGGAAAAUUCAUUCACCAUUUAUUAAUGGUCACUUAAUAUUUAUACGAAAUUAACGUUUCGUUAAGUGUACAUAAAUAAAAGUGUAAUAAGUAAAGACUAUUUUUAUA